CGAGGGAAGUUCUAUUUAGAACAACGGAAUCAUAUCUCUUUAUCGAUGUCGUCAACAGUGAGCUCGAUGAAGACGACACUGCAGGAUGCUUUGGAUGAUGUAGCCUCAACACGUUCGUCGUUUGGAAGGCGAAAUCGAGCUCUAGCUGUUCUUGAGCAGCAGCUUGCGCUUGCAUGUGUGCAGUUUUCCGACGAUGAUACAUUAGAAACGUAUUUGAACCUUCAAGACGCUUUCGAAUCCAAUGUUCCAUCGCGGAUACUGGCUUGGAUACAAUGUACGACACCUCAGCUAGAACUGUGCGCAAGCAAGAGCUCCACCAAAGAGCGUGACACUGAAAUGAAUAUCUCGUGCUCCCAGCUAUGCCAAGGUUUGUCAAUAAUCCAAGGAGUAUCUCUUCACCACAAAUCAAGCAAGUCUUUUCUGGGUCGUCGGUUUUCCCUUGAGAUUUUGAUCGAGUUAUUGCUUGCUUCUCGACACACGCCAAUCAUCGAUGCCUCUUCCGGGGGAGAUAGUUCUAAACCACCAGAAAAGCCUGCACCCUUCAUGCAUUUGACAUCUGCUGUCUUGGAUACUUUGCUGUGCGUUCUGGUUGAUUCUUCUCCAGCACUACGCGCUUUUGAGGAAGUGAAUGGGGUUCAAGCAGUGGUAAAGAUACUCAAACGAGCAGGAACACCACGCGAAGUCAGAAUGAAAUGCCUGGAGUUUCUCUACUUCUAUUUGAUGGAUGAGACUCCCACCCACAUGUGGCCUGAUGAAACACAUUCACUACCAUCAUCCCCCGUUGCCACCCGACCUAACUCACCUCUUUCACUUCCUGAAAACAAGAUAUUUGGCGCCUCGAACAUCUCCUUUGCGUGUACCUCUACCAGAUCGUCAUCGAACUCAUCAACCUCCUCGUCUUCUUUCUUCUCCAUGUCAUCAGGUUCAUCGACAACUACAACCACUAGCUUCGAGAGCAUUCAUACACCUUCGCCUAUCAAGAAGUCAUAUUCCACCUCCACUUUCGCUUCGUCGGACCCACGCACUCCUCCUAGCUCACCACCUUUGAUAACAUCCGGCGCUAGAGAGAUACCGGCGCCACUACAGUCGCGCUCGAUGCUUAUGCUACGGAAGGAAGUGGAUUAUGAACCGCUGAGCCCCAAAAAACCCAGAGGGUUCCGACCAGGUCUCGGAAUCGCUGAUACAUCCAUCCUUACCACGCCUUCUGUGUCACGUUUUCGAGAGACGAUUAGCAGCAAGACCUUCCCAUCAGUCCGUGGCGAGGAUGCAGAGGAUCGCACAAACAGGCAUGAUGGUGUGCGGACCAUUGAUGAGAAGAAAGAAAUACUAGGGAGCAUGCUGGGGAAUGUGGAUGCUCUUGUCGAUGGUGUGAGGAAAGCAGGCAUAUGGGGGCUUGGCUAAUGCUCUCGAUGCUCCUCUCUCAUACCAGAAGUUGUCUGCCCAAAAAAACUUGCGGGAUACAUUUGGUGGUGUUACAAUAUUGACAUGGUUAUACUUGGACUGAUGCGAUCGAUAAGGGCGCUAAGAUGCUAACUAAGAGCGGAUUUGCGCAAACUCCGUCAAAAAUUUCUCUUGCGCGCGGACAACCACCUUGAUAUGGUCGAGGGAAAGCGGUUCCUUUCUGUGUAUUCUCAUGAGUAACAGGUUCUUGAUGGUGCGUCCUGGGAACUAUAUUUAAUUCUGAUAGGCAGGAUGACAAGAGUAUGCUGACCAUUGAAUGGUUUUUGCGCCAA